AUGCCGCCUCGUAUCAAUCUUUUCACAGUGGGCAAGGCCUUGCCUGCCUUUCGCCCAUCCACCUCAUCCGCUGUCAGCUCGCGUUUCAGUAUCAGCCGGCCUCUUACCGCAUCGACCGUACAAGCACAGAGACGAUGGAACUCGUCGAAAUCAGAGAAGAAGGACGAAUUGGAUGGGAUAAAAGGGCCUACGGAGGAUCCGUUGCCUCACGUCAGCGAGGAAGCCGCGCAAAUGGACAAGAUCCUGCACGGUGGGAAGUACGAGGCUACUGCGAGCCCGGAGUUGGAGCAGGGGACUCCUGUCGCUGAGAUCCUGCAGCGCGAUAAAGACGCCCUGAAGCACAUGCCCAAGGUCAUGCAAGACCAGCUGAAGCGAUCGUCUGGCAACCGGUCCUUCUCGACCUUCACACGCCGCUACCAGCCGGACCUACAGGGUCAGGACCUGACCGAUCCCUCGGCGGCCGUUGUCGCCAAUAUGAUUAACCAGGUUAACCAGGAGGUCGCGGAGCUGCACCCCGGAUUGAAGUUUCCGGCUCCUGAGAGCCUCCCCAAGACGGAGAAUUUCCGCGAGAGAUAUGAUUCGUUGCUGGAGCAGUUUACGAAAUUGCUUAUGCGGGAUGGGAAGUUGAGCAAGGCCCAGAAGAACAUGUCCUUCAUUCUUGACCAUCUUCGAACUGCCCCUCCCCCGCAGCCGCACCUGAAGCGCCCCCUCCUCCCUGGUCCUCCCGGCCCGCAACUACCUCUGAACCCCGUCCUCUACCUCACAUUGAUCGUGGACUCGGUCGCACCUCUGAUCAAGAUCCGUCAGCAGAAGGGUAUUGCCGGUGGUGGUGCCGCCGUGCAGAUCCCAGUUCCUCUGAUGCAGAGACAGCGGCGGCGGACGGCCAUCAGAUGGAUCAUUGAUGCCUCUGAUAAGCGUCGGGACAGCAGUUUCGCUCAGCGAGUAGCUCACGAGCUGGUCGCUGUUGCGGAAGGCCGUAGUGGUGUGUGGGAUCGGAGGGAAGCGGUGCAUAAGCUUGGUAUUGCGGGUCGUUCGAAUCUUGGUCUGGUCACUCAGCGCAGUCAUGAGCGCACGCCAUAUACUGACGCCAAAGCCCUAAUUCCUCAACCCCUCCGCGCUGCCCAGACGCCGCAGUUCAGCUCCAGCUCCCUACCACUAAACGACCCAUUAUCAAUAGGCCUAGUCCCCAACUUCGGAGUCGUUCCUUUUCUUUUCUCAAAAUUUCCUCGAGUCGAAACCGUGUCGUCGAAUGCUGUUGGGCGCACCGUGGCACGCAUCGCAUCUGCGACCGGUGCCUACGAACACGGACACGACGGCCACGACCAAAGCUUCGAGCUUGAAGACUUUCACACCCGCAGUCGCUACCCGCUUGUAACACGCGAACGCACUAGCUCCAACCAUCUUCUUUCCACCGAGUCGGACUCGCACGCACAGGCAGAGACACAGGCAGAGGCGAGUGAGAAGUACUCGCAGCGGGGCGAAAAGAGCGGUCAAGGCUACAGGGCGACUUACCUCAGGCUCCGGUUUUGGGUAGAGGCUCUCCGGCGCCGACAGGCUCAGGCUUCAGCAAAGGAAAGUGCGGGGGGGCAAACGAAAGCGAAGAUGAAGUUCUCGCAUAGUAUUCAGUUUAAUGCGGUGCCGGACUGGAGUGCUUAUUACAUUGCGUAUAGCAAUUUGAAGAAAUUGAUAUAUUCCCUCGAGCAGCAUGCUCGGAAAGCGAACGGACAGGCACAGUCGGAUGUCGAGUCCGCGCCGUUGUUAAGCGAGGCACCUACGCCCGAGGCCGUGUUUCGGCGGGCUCUGAACGCAGAGCUGGAGAAGAUAUGCAGUUUCUACGAAGUCAAGGAGUCGGAGAUACUCAAGGAGGUGGAGGAUGUUGUCCGCGAUGCCGAGGAGUACUCGUCCAGGACGGACGGGGCGGACGUGGACCCCAUGAGUGACGCCAUGGUCAAGUGGCGGAGGAUGAGCUCUGGCUCUCACUCGCGCCCGCGCACCGGCAGCUCGUACCGCGAUUUACCGUCGGAGGAGACGGAUGACGAUGAUGGAGCGGAUAGCGAUGACGAGCAUCAGCCGCCGGCUGGGCAGAGAACGGUGCCGUUGACGGCUCGGUCGCGCUCGGACAUGAGCGAUUCGAGAUUCAUGGCUGACUCGAUGCUUCUGGGGUUUGUUCGGCGAGGGAGCGGUGGGCAUGAUGAGCAUUGCAAGGAUCCGCGGUUUCUGGACCUGUACAACGAGGGCUUGUCGCUGAAGCAGCGGGCCGUGAAUGUCUAUGUCUCGCUGUGCGGCCUCAAGUCGUACAUCCAGCUGAACAAGACUGGGUUCUCCAAGGCGUUGAAAAAGUUCGACAAGAUCCUCGACUGCAGUUUGCGGCGGGAGUACAUGAGCUCCACCGUUUCUCCGGCUUAUCCUUUUACGGAUUCGACCAUGAAGAAGAUCGAGGACGUGAUCGCCCGGGUCGAGCAGCUCUACGCGGACGUGAUUACGGGCGGCGACCUGCCGCUGGCCAAACGGGAGCUGCGACUGCAUCUGAGAGAGCACGUUGUCUGGGAGCGGAAUACUGUCUGGCGAGAGAUGAUUGGCAUUGAGCGCAAGGCCCAGGCCGCGAAUGUUGGUAUCCGUCGGACACUGCUGGGAAUGGAUGAGGACCCGGCUGCCGCACGACGACAGGGUGAUGAGCAGGAGGCUGCAGCCAAAGAGAUCAAGACGCCGUUUGGUCGCUAUAGCGUGCCCGAGUGGCUCUGCAGCUUGAGUUUCGGGACUCUGAUUGUCAUUCUGGCGGUGUUUAUCGUCUUGCUCUAUGCUCCGAUCAUGGAUAAACCGGAGCAGCAGAACUGCCUGGCAAUGCUUGUGUUUGUCAGUCUGUUGUGGGCCACAGAAGUCAUUCCCCUCUUCGUGACGUCCCUUUUGAUACCCUUCCUGGUCGUCAUGCUGCGCAUUAUGAAGUCCGCGGAGAAGCCGUACCAGCGUCUGGGACCAAAGGACGCCACGAGCGCGGCUUUCAGCGCGAUGUGGACGCCGGUGAUCAUGCUCCUGCUGGGAGGAUUCACCAUUGCCGCUGCGUUGUCCAAGUACGACAUUGCUCGUCGGAUGGCCAUGUUUGUGCUGAGCAGGGCCGGCUCCAAUCCCAAAGUUGUUCUGCUGACCAACAUGUUUGUGAGCAUGUUUCUUAGUAUGUGGAUUAGCAAUGUGGCCUCGCCGGUUCUUUGCUACUCCAUUAUUCAGCCUCUACUUCGUAAUCUCCCUCCUGAUUCCGACUUUGCCAAAGCCCUUGUGCUGGGUAUUGCGCUGGCUGCCAAUGUUGGAGGCGCCGCGUCGCCGAUUGCGUCGCCCCAGAAUAUCAUCGCGCUGCAGAACAUGUACCCGAGUAUUAGCUGGGGGACGUGGUUCUUUGUUUCGCUGCCCGUCUGCAUCAUUUCGAUUCUUUUGAUUUGGCUCCUCUUGCUGGCUACGUUCCAUCCCAGCCGGGGCACAACCAUUGUGCCGAUGCGACCGGUCAAGGACCGGUUUUCGGGAGUGCAGUACUUUGUCACGAUUGUGACGCUGUUCACCAUCGGGCUGUGGUGUGCCAGCCAUCAGCUCGAGCACGUCUUUGGCGAUAUGGGGGUGAUCGCCAUCAUCCCGAUGGUGCUGUUCUUUGGAACGGGGAUCCUGAACAAGGAGGACUUCAACAACUUCUUGUGGACGAUCAUCAUCCUAGCGGCCGGCGGUCUCUGUCUCGGCAAAGCAGUGACCUCGUCCGGGCUGCUGCACACGAUCGCCAAGGCGAUCACCGCGCGCGUCGACCACUUCAGUCUGUACGGGGUUCUGAUUGUGUUUUCGGCGCUGAUCCUGGUCAUGGCGACGUUCAUCUCGCACACGGUUGCGGCGCUGAUCAUGCUGCCGCUGGUGCGCCAGAUUGGCGUGGGUAUGGACGACCCGCAUCCGAACUUGCUGGUGAUGGCGAGUGCGUUGAUGUGUUCGGUGGCCAUGGCAUUGCCGACCAGCGGGUUUCCCAAUAUGACUGCUAUUAUGACCGAGGUCCCGCAAACGGGUCAACGGUACCUCCACGUGCGGCAUUUCUUCACUCGCGGUAUCCCGGCCAGUUUGAUGUCGUUUGCGGUGAUUGUGACGGUUGGGUAUGGAUUGAUGUAUACUGCGGGGUUGUAG